AUGCAAGUGGAGGCGAAGCCGAAGCUGCGCCUCCCCGAGAAAAGCGGCCGCGGGACUGUCAACAUGCUGCGGCAUCCACCGGAGAUGCACCGCCUGGAACGCGCGGCGGAGCACGCCCUGGAGCAGGCAGACCAAAGGGAAGCUACGGCANCCUGUAACGGCAACGUGCCCCACAACGAUGCAAGUGGAGGCGAAGCCGAAGCUGCGCCUCCCCGAGAAAAGCGGCCGCGGGACUGUCAACAUGCUGCGGCAUCCACCGGAGAUGCACCGCCUGGAACGCGCGGCGGAGCACGCCCUGGAGCAGGCAGACCAAAGGGAAGCUACGGCAGGAAGAGGCUUCCCCAAGCUGCGCAACAGCUCAAUGAUUAUCUCGAGCGAGGGCAGCUCCAGUGUGCGCAGAUGGUCUCGCGCGAUCUUCCUGGAGCGAUGUCGGAUGCAGUGAAGGAGGCGCACCAGCAAGAAGAGGUCUAUCGACCAGCGUNAGCGUUCCUCAAGCGCCAGAGCAACAGCAGGAAGGAGGCUCUUCGCAAGCUGACGAAGCAUCGAUCGCAGCUGGAAAAGGCGGCCGCAGCAUCUGCUGCAUGUAGAUCGGGCUGGGAGCGGGGGCAGGAUUAUUUCCGCGCCGUCAUCAAGGAAUGCCAAUCCGCUGUAGCAGUCACAUCUGCUGGACUCAAUGCCGGCAGCCUGCAGUUCAAGGCCUUGGCUCUGAAAGGACUGUACCACAAGCUGCUCAGGGGGGUGCCCAAGAGGCAAGCUUUCGAGGAAACGGCGGAGUUUUUUCAAGUGGCAUCCAGCACCCUCCGUGAGUGGGAGCUUUCCUACCGCACCAAGGGCCAUAUCCAGGUGGACCAGAGGGGGAAACACGAACGGCGGUGGAUCCUGAGCUUGGACGAGGGUCUUCUCGUGAUGCCGAGCGAGGGGUUCCACGAGUACCUCAACAAGGACGUCUUGCCACAGGUAGCAGACACCAAAACGUGCGACUACGACCCCUUCAAGCACGCUCCUGUCACCAAGACGACGACUGAAACGGCAUCAGGAGAGAAAGUGGUGUCGUACUCGGUGACCGUUCGCACGGCGCGCUCCUGGCUGCACAAGCUGGGGUGCGAGUACCGCGAUCGCAAGUCGGGCCNCGUACUCGGUGACCGUUCGCACGGCGCGCUCCUGGCUGCACAAGCUGGGGUGCGAGUACCACGAUCGCAAGUCGGGCCGAUCCAAGUAUUGGGUCCGGCAGCACUGACGGUGGCCAACUUCAACGAGGUGUACCGCGACGGACUCCAGGGCGCGGAAGCAGUACAGAAGAGGGACACCUUUAACUCUCACCGCAAGCCGGCUCCGUCAGAGUACAUUAACCCUAAGUGA